ACGGCGGGGUAAAUCGAACUCUGCGAAGGCGACCCGGUUACUGGACGCUGUGCUGCCGUGUUCGAGACCACGUUCGGUAAGAUGGAGCUUCGAAUGGUUCACUUCUUAGAUCUGUGUGUCCGGGAAUAGUACGACUGUGAUGUCGAUGCAGAUGCCAGUUUUCGUUGCAUGCUCUCUGCUAUACUCCCCUACAUUCCUAUCUUCCCCAUCUAUCUUCUCUACUGUCGCGCUUCCCAAGCAGCAGGAAGUCGCAUAAUCAGCAAGCCGCUAGUAUUUAUACGAACUGAAGACGAUCGAUAAAAUGUCAGCAACCGAGACUGUACCGGUCCAGCAGAACAUCCACUCAGGUGAGCCUGCGAGUGGCACUAAGAAGGCCGGCGGAGAUGGCAAGUCUGCGCUGGGGGACUACAUCAAAUGGGACGCCGAGGGCGUUGAAACCAUCCAGCCUGGCGAGAAGGAGAAGAUCAAGGCUGUCUCGGACCAGUUCAACCGCUUUCAAAUGAUGAACUUCAACGAGCACAUGCAUUGCUUGCGAGGCACACAUCUCAAGACGCAAGGGUGCGUGCUCGGCAAGUUUAUCGUUCACGAUAACCUUCCAAAGCACCUCGCCCAGGGCAUGUUUGCGAAGCCCGGCACUUACGAUAUGAUCAUGCGCUACUCAUCCUUGACUCCAAAGCUACUACCAGACAACCUCUCGGCGCCACGCGGUAUCGGCAUGAAGAUCUUCGGUAUCGAGGGCGACAAGAUCUGGGGUGACGAUAAGAAGACGCAGGACUGGACCCUGAACAACUACCCAGUCUUGGAGCUAAGAGACCCAAACACGACGUAUGACAUUGCGGACUCGCUUGAGCGGAACUGGAACGACCUUCCUACGUUUGCAAAGGAGCAGUCAGAGCGGGUAGACGCAGAUGUGGCAACUCUUGGCAGCCAACUUCCCAGGCAACAAAUGGUCGCCAUGCCCCAAUUCUCACAAUCCGCCUACCGACACGGUGACUAUGUCGCCAAAUACGGCGUCUUCCCUCUCGGCGAGGAACAGAAGAAGAUCGAAAAGGACGACAUCCCCGAAGACGCCCCAAUCAAUGUAAUCUCCCAAUUCACCCGCGACUUCCACAUGAAGCACAAAGUCACAUACUCCUUCUGCGCGCAAAUGCUCCAGAACUUGGACGAGCAACCCGUUGACGACAUCGGCGUCGAAUGGGACGCAAAGAAGUACCCCUUCGAGCAGAUCGCCACAAUGGAGUUCGAACCACAGGACUCGUGGCUUCCGGAGUUUAGAGUGUGGUGGGAUGACAAGAUCACUGUCAACUCCUGGCACGGCUUGAAGGUGCACCAACCAUUGGGAAGCACGAACCGGAUGAGACGUGUGGUGUAUGCUGAGAGCAGGAAGCUGAGAUUGAGAGUCAACGGGUAUAAGAGCCACAUCGAGCCGGCGAGCUUGAGCGAGGUGCCUGCGCCAAUCCCGGCGCCGCAGAUCGAUCUGACAUACCAGCCUGCGAUCAAGACGGUGGAUGUGAGUGCUUGAGCUUCGAAAAAGGUAUCAAGACCUGGCGUUGGCGUUCAACCAUGAUCAUGGCGUUACGAUUAAUGUUCAGUGAUCAUUGUCUUCCGAUGUAUGU